UGCCCUUCCCUGCCCUGUUAUACUCUCUUUCUCCUAUAAUUAACAUCAACAACAAAGACCUCUUUCAAUACUCUCUAUUGCAUCUCCAUUUUCUUGCUUCAGGAUUUUAAGAUCGAUCUUGAACGUCGUAUGGGGAUAUCGUUUUCGUGUCCACUUGCUUCUCAUACUGAUUUGGAAAACAGUCUUGAAUCUGUUAUUGUGAAGUCUAUCAACUUUGGUGAUAAUGAGCACAAGACGCCAUUACGAUCUAUUAGUUUCAAAAUCCAAGAUUCUGAACCUAUAGUAAUGCAAUCAGAUGGUUCAGGAAAUAUGCUCAUAGAAAAAUCUGUCAUCUCAAGGACAAAGGAAAAUGUAGUUGCCUAUCCAUCUUCAGAUAACAUGAUGAAUCAACAAAGUACGAAAUCGCCUUUGUUGGAUAGUAGCAGCAGCCCGAAACAUGAGGCAGCUGUAAAGUUGCAGAAAGUAUACAAGAGCUUUCGAACAAGACGAAAAUUAGCAGAUUGUGCUGUACUCAUUGAGCAGAGUUGGUGGAAACUAUUAGAUUUUGCAGAACUCAAACAUAGUUCUAUUUCAUUUUUUGAUCUUGAGAAGCACGAAACAGCAAUUUCGCGCUGGUCAAGAGCGAGAACUAGAGCUGCCAAGGUAGGCAAAGGCUUAUCUAAGAAUAGCAAAGCUCGAAAACUUGCUUUACAACAUUGGCUUGAAGCUAUCGAUCCACGACAUCGUUAUGGACACAACUUGCAUUUCUAUUAUGUUCAAUGGUUGCAUUCUCAAAAUAAAGAGCCAUUCUUCUACUGGUUGGAUAUUGGAGAAGGAAAAGAAGUUAAUCUUGUUGACAAAUGUCCGCGAUGGAAACUUCAGCAACAAUGCAUCAAGUACCUUGGUCCUAUGGAAAGAAAGGCUUAUGAGGUCAUAGUGGACGACGGGAAUCUCUUCUACAAAGAGACUGGGAAGCUCCUUGACACCACUGGUGAACCAAAAGGAGCUAAAUGGAUAUUUGUCCUCAGCACAUCGAAAACCUUAUAUGUUGGGAAGAAAAAGAAAGGAACAUUUCAGCAUUCCAGUUUCUUGGCUGGGGGCGCGACUUUAGCUGCUGGCAGGAUAGUUGUGGAACAAGGAGUUUUGAAGGCUGUCUGGCCUCACAGUGGACAUUAUCGACCUACUCCAGAAAACUUUCAAGACUUCAUUUCGUUUCUUAGGGAGAACGAUGUGGACUUAAGCGAUGUUAAGCUUGAUUCUAUCGACGAAGAAGAUUUUAUUGGGAAGAAGAGUGGUGUUUACCUUAGAGGUAAUGCUUCGGAUGAUGACAUAGGUCAAAAAGAUGGUCUGGAGACAGGAGAGAACGAUUUAGAAGACGUAACGACUUCAGAUACAAAUGAGUUGAAAGAACAAGCAACUUUUGCUGCUUCAUCUCAUAGCUUCAAUGACAAACUAGCUAAUCUACGAAUUCCUAGCAACGAUGAUUUACUAGAGAGAUUGACGAAUGAAAGUGUAGCUGUUGAAUCCAUUUCGCCAACAGAUGGAUAUGAAUCAGCAGAAGAUUCAAUUGCUUUUGAACAAGAAAGUAAAGGAGAUACAAUUCCACAAGAAUCUAUACUGAAGAGGAUAAAUUCACACAAGGGAAUGAAGUCAUUUCAAUUAGGGAAACAAUUGUCUUGUAAAUGGAGUACUGGAGCUGGACCUCGAAUCGGAUGCUUGAGAGAUUACCCUCCGCAACUGCAAUCACAUGCAUUAGAAGAAGCUAACUUGUCCCCGAGGAGUGCUUGUCGUCUCAAGUUUUAUUCAAGGGCAUCAAGCUUUAGUAGGGAAACGCAAGUGCCAUGUUCUAUCUAAUCACCUAUUCGUCUCCAUUUUGUAAAGGACUCAUAUUCGUUCGAUCAGGGAACAUCAUACUCAUGACAUAGAAUUAGUUCUCAUUUAUUCAUUCAUUGUGCAUAGCAAAAAUGACAUAGGAAUUCUUUCACAUUCUUUCUAGGAAUUUUUUGACAGUUUUUUUAAGAUCUAUUCAACUUUGUAUACAAUUCUUGUUCUUAAUAUCAGAAAACAGGACCACGUAUAACUUUUCGAGUUCCAAUACGCGUUGUAGUUGGAAAAGAAAGA